AUGAGCAUGGUCACCAGCACUAAUUUUUUGGGAGCUUGGUUUUGCAGCCUUAAGGAUAUCCUCUUAGAUUUGGAUCUAAUUUUUGUCGAGUGGAUCAAAUUUUUUGCGGGUUUUGCUGGAGGCAUAAUAUUUUUUUUUGUGAAGUAG